UAUACGGGGUUCAAGAAACGAGUUGGUCCUCGUCACCCCUUCCUUCCUCGGAAUUUGUUUCCUCUUCACAUUUAAACGAUCGCCCUUCGGCUGUCGCUUUUAGGUUUGGGGCUACUCUCUUCACUCUGCCUCUCUUUCUUCUUCCGUCACCCACUGCAAUGGCGUCUCCGUUUGAGCCACACCACUACGACCUUUCCGACACUGAAGCCGCACACCUCCUUGCAGCCACAGCAGGUGAAAUCUCAAGCGACGAAGGAAUCGUCGAAGACGACGAAGAACCCUACAUCACCGAUGUGCCAUCUCCCACGGCUUCUCACGACGCGCCUCAUACUCCUGAUCCAUCCGACGAAGCAAUCGUCAUGCCCGAUGAAUCGCCCAAUUGCGCCGCAGAGGGAAAGAAACGCCGCAGAACCGAAGAAGGCCAGUCUUCUGGUUCCGAUGACAACGCGUGGAACCGCACUGAGAUUGAUGGUCUCGUUUGCCCUAUCUGCAUGGAUGUUUGGACCAAUAAGGGCGAACACCACAUUUGCUGUCUUCCUUGUGGACACAUAUAUGGCAUGUCUUGCAUCAAAAGAUGGCUUCAACGUAGGGCAGGUUCUGCCAAUUGCCCUCAAUGUAAUAGGAAAUGUUCGAUGAAGGAUGUGAGAAAAUUAUAUGCCUCUCGAGUUGUGGCUGUUGAUGAAGAAUCUCAUAAGAGAAUUCGGUUACUUGAGGCCAAGUGUAUUGCCCUUGAAAGUAAGGACACUGAUUGGCAAAAGAAAGAAGCUGGAUGGCAGAAGAGUGAAGCUGCCUUGCAUCUUCAAGUUCAGAAGCUUACAGAGGCAUCUCUUAAGGUAUCUCUUACUCUUAAGGAUAUUGCUGACAGUAAGAAGCAAGGACAGGUUUACAACACUGCAGAUUUAUUUGCGAACGUGUGGCGUGGCAUGUCUUCUCUGUCUGAGUCUCAAAAUCAAAUUCCUUCAGCGGGCUCUGUCACACUUGAGGAGAGGAUCACUAGAACUGAGCAGAGGAUUGCUAUCUUGGAGCAACAGAUACAGGCCGUGAUACUAUGGACUGGAGCAACAUAUGCAGGCCGUGAUGCUGCGAAUUGAAGCUUUGGAGCAAAGCUCGUGCUCCACUGCACAUUCAUAUUUGUUAUGGACGAAAGAUUGAUGCCUCAGUUGAGAGAUACUUUUGUUCAUGUUUUUAUAUAUAGAUUUUUUGGAAUAAACAAUCAAUUUAGUCCCUAAAUUAUUACCCUCUCUUAAA